CAAGCGGGUAGCACGCCCCAGUACGCUGUUCUUGUUCACAAAUAUGGAACUCGAACUCGAUCGGUGACUUGUAAACAACAACCAACUGUCGAAAAACUAAUCUGAAUUUAGAACUGUUCCAUUCAAAGCUGUUAUUGUUUGCAAUUUGCAGUCAGUGUGAUUUUACUACAAAUUUGGGCAGUGACGGUAAAAAUCGCGACGAUGGUAUCAUAGAGUGAAAAUUAAUGAUGUGACUAAAGUCGACACCGCAGUCUAAUUAAGCGUGCGUGUGUAAAUAAUGAACGAAUACAGGAGAAUUGGGAGUACCAAAAUGAAGUUUUUGUCGUUAAUUGCACUUUGCGCAAUUACAUCAGCCCAUGAGAUCACGCAGCUGAAAGUGCCGUUAUACGCAGAUCCACGGCAGGCAGCCGAACUGAGCUGUCAUUUCAGUAUGGACGACCAGCGGCUGCACUCUGUCAAGUGGUACAGAGAUAUGAACGAAAUAUUCCGAUAUAAUCCUUCACAAAAGCCACCAAUUCGGCUAUUCAACGUAACCGGAAUCAUGGUGCAAGGGGGAAAUUGCGAAGUCGAUUCCUGCACAGUGCAGGUGAUGCCGCCUCCGAUCGCGACGCGCGCCGCCUACAGCUGUGAGGUUUCCACCGAGGGACCCAAGUUUCAGAUUGCGAGGCAAACUAAGCACAUGACUGUUGCUGCGAUGCCGCACAAGGACCCGGUGAUAAUUGGAGCCCCGAAGUUAGUGAAGCCUGGAGAGCAAAUGCUGUUGAAUUGUACGUCCGACUACUCCCUCCCCCCUUCCGAGAUCAAUUGGUACAUCGACAAUGAGCUACAAAAGCCUGAAGCCUGGCAGCGUACUGAGCUAAGUCCAGCUCAGGACGGAGGUCUUCGCGCAUCAUGGCGGAUUCUGCGCGUGCGCGUGCCAUCUGGCGCGAGCGGUGCGUUGCGUAUACGCUGCGAGUCCAUACUGCUCGUGGAGCCACCAGUUGUCAGAGACGCAGUGUCGAUAAUCACUAUACCGUCAAGAACACAGCUAUCGAAAUUUGUUUCCAAUAAAGGUACAGAUGUGGGCGUUUCCCCUUGUAUAUUUUUGAUUGGACUAAUUUGGACUGUGAAAGAAAUAUCAAGGUUCAUGAGCUUAUGAGAAAUAGUACGAAAAUAUGUGGUGAUAUUAGAAAGUAAUUGUAGAUAAACCAUCGGCCUCAGUUUAUAACAAAAACUAAAUUUAUUGUGAAUUAUAUAAUAAAACCUCUACACACUCUAACACUGUGUAUCCUACAGUAAAAUAACGGACAACUAUGAUUUACGUAUCCACUAAUCGAGUAAAUAAAUAAACUUUUUUUCAAAUUGUCAGUGUGUUAUC